AUGGUUAGUUUGAUUUUGUCUUCUUUUGAUUACUUUCUGUCUGAUCACACUAUUCUAUAGCGUGGUUUGUGUUUCUUUAGGUAAACAAAACUCUCAAUGCAGCAGCUCACAACUUUGAUGAUAACGAAGUUAUACUUUUUGCCAUCAACAAUUUUUGCUUACAAGGAGGUAUUUUUUCAACGUUUCAUUUUUGAUUGAUAAUAAGUUUUUGGUGUUCGUUUCAGAUAUGUUUUGGAUUAUUGGUUUCAUCCUAAGACUAACAAUUUUUGAAGCAAUUAUAUAUUUGGGAAUAACUUUCGCAUUAUUUUUAUAUAUUCGAAGUUAUUUGGAGAAACAGCAGAUCGAAAAUAUCAAGGAGAAAGCUGUAUUUAUUACAGGAUGUGAUACAGGUUUUGGAAGAGAUUUGGCUAUAAAAUGUCUUGAAAAUGGAAUGACAGUUUUUGCUGGAUGUCUAACUCAAAAUGGGAUAAAUAAUUUGAAAAGAGAUUCAAAAGGUGGCAAUAAAUUAGACGCAUUUUUACUUAAUGUAUCGGAGAAUAAGUCUUGUGAAGAAGCUGGAAUAUAUAUCGAGAAAAAACUUGCUGGAAAACCACUUCAUGCAGUUGUCAACAAUGCUGGAAUCACCGGAAAGUUCUUGAAAGAUGAUUUCCUAGACAUCGAAGAAUACAAAAAAGUUUGCGAUAUCAAUAUGUUUGGAGUUAUUCGAACUACACAUUGUGUUAAAAGACUUAUCAAAAAAUCGCGUGGAAGAGUAGUUACUGUAGCAAGUAUUUGCGCAAGAGUUGGUUUACCUGGAAUUGGACCAUAUACUACUGCAAAAUAUGGAGUCUCUGGAUAUUGCGAUGUGUUGCGUCAAGAGUUACGUCCUUUCGGUGUCAGUGUGCAUAUUUUAGAGCCUGGAUUUUUCGAAACACCUCUAAUUGGAAGAGAAAAAAUUAACGUUAGUAUUUGAAAACUGGAACUUAUGCUGAAUCAAUCCCACUAAAUAAAUUUUCAGAGAGAAGUUCAACAAGCUUGGGCUGAAGCUCCUCCACAAGUUCGUGAAGAAUAUGGUGAAACAUAUUUCAAUAAAAGUUGGUUUACUUCUAAUUUUAAAUUCUGAUAUAUUUACUUUUUCAGGUUGUGAAACGAUCAACUUUUUCCUAAAUAGAGUUUCCAACAAAGACGUUUAUCUUGUCGUUGACGCAUAUUAUCAUGCAAUUACCUCAAAAUGGCCAAGAUCUAGAUAUCAAGUUGGAUGGGACAGUAUUCUAUGGUAAGCGAAAUACACGUCUAAAAACUGAGAUAAACAAUGAAUUUUCAGCUUUAUCCCAUUUUCCUACCUACCAACUGGUAUGCAAGAUUUGGUUUUCGCCAGUGCCGCAUAUUUCCUUCCCAAACCAGCCCAAUGUUAA